GCAGGGAGGAGCUGCGGGCGGCCGAGUCGGCCCAGCGCUGCUGGGAGAGGCCGGCGCGGCGGCGAAGGAGCUGGCUGCCGCGGCGGCCAAUGCGAAACUGGCUGGUGUUGCUGUUCCCCUGUGCGGUUGGGGUCGCGCUGCACUUCUGGCUGUUGCUCAGUUGCCCUGGCGGCCCCGGGAGACACCCGGCAGGUCCUCUGGCCUUCUUUCCUCUGUGGAAGCCAAAACAUGAUGUUAUUGUAGGUGUUUUGUCAGCUCGACAUAAUCAUGAGCUGCGCAGUGUUAUAAGGAACACUUGGUUCAAGCACCUGAAACAGCAUUCUGCCCUCAGCCAACGUGUCCUUGUCAAGUUUAUAAUAGGUGCGCAUGGUUGUGCUGUGCCAGUGGAGGACAGAGAGGACCCCUACUCCUGCAAACUUCUGAACAUCAGUAACCCAGUUUUGAAUCAGGAAAUUGAAGCAUUCAGUCUCCCUGAGGAUGUACCUUCUGUGCUAUCUGAAGACAGAAUUGUCAGCGUGAAUUUCCGUGUACUUUACCCCAUUGUCAUUACCAGUCUUGGGGUAUUUUAUGAAGCUGAUGGGGUGGGAUUCCAGAGGAACAUCACUGUGAAACUGUACCAGGCAGAACAUGAGGAAGCUCUCUUCAGUGCUCGUUUUAGUCCCCCAAGCUGCGGAGUGCAAGUGAACAGACUGUGGUACAAGCCAGUAGAGCAGUUCAUUUUGCCAGAGAGUUUUGAAGGCACCAUUGUGUGGGAGAGCCAGGAUCUUCAAGGCCUUGUUUCAAGAAACCUUCAUAAGGUGACGGUGAAUGAUGGAGGCGGUGUUUUCAGAGUUAUCACACAGGCAGGAGAAGGGUCACUGCCACAUGAGCUCACAGAAGGUGUGGAGGGAAUAGCAGGUGGUUUUAUCUACACUGUUCAAGAAGGUGAUGCUCUUUUAAAAAGCCUCCAUACUCGUGCAGAAAGGUUUACAAGUCACAUCAAAAAUCUUGAGAAAGAAGAUGCUUUAUUGAAGGAAGAAAGCAGUACCUAUGAUGAUAUUGUUUUUGUAGAUGUUAUUGACACUUACAGAAAUGUUCCAGCCAAACUGCUGAACUUCUACCGAUGGACAGUUGAAUCAACAAGUUUUGAUUUGUUGCUGAAGACAGACGAUGACUGUUACAUUGAUUUGGAGGCUGUUUUUAACAGGAUAAUGCAGAAAAAAUUGGACAGACCGAAUACUUGGUGGGGAAAUUUCAGACUAAAUUGGGCAGUUGAUCGAACUGGGAAAUGGCAAGAACUGGAGUAUCCAAGUCCUGCUUAUCCAGCCUUUGCUUGUGGGUCUGGCUAUGUCAUCUCCAAAGACAUUGUUCAGUGGCUGGCAAGCAACUCUGAAAGACUGAAGACAUACCAGGGUGAAGAUGUUAGUAUGGGCAUCUGGAUGGCAGCUGUAGGGCCCAAAAGAUACCAAGAUAGCCUCUGGCUGUGUGAGAAGACGUGUGAGAGUGGUAUGCUGUCUUCCCCUCAGUAUUCCCCAGAGGAACUGAGAGAGCUGUGGAGAUUAAAGGAACUGUGUGGAGAUCCUUGUAAAUGUGAGGAGAGAUGAUGGACUUGCCUUUGAAGACACAGUAGUGUAUACUGGUUGUGGAGAAGUGUACAUUUGGAUUCAUUCUUGGAACAGUAAGGAAUGUUAAGGUACCUUCUGGGUUGCAACUAAAGUGUAACAAUAUUUGCACAUCCUUUUUGAUAAUUACACGUGGACUGAUCCUAUUCAUUUUCUAUAUUAUAGAUGGUGAUCUGACAAAAACCAAAAUGUUUAAGAUAAAAUACUUCCUUUUUCUAAAGUCAAAGACCUACUUGUAAUUAAUAAAUGCACAGAAGUAUGCCAACUAGCCUGUCUUUUGUAAAGUACUACUGAUUUAACUCAAUGUAGAGCAGCACCAGGCCUGCUGCAGCAGGUGGCUGUGUGCUGAGGGGCUCCCUCAUCUGCAGGGGCUGAGACAGCUAGGGGUUAGGAUUUAUGUUUAGUUUAUACCAUUGUCAUUUUAGAUAAAAACAGUAUCCACGUUUGCUUAUACCAAAUCCUGAAGUACUGCAAACUUGUCCUGAUUAAGAGGGAUUUCUGAUAGCUCAAUGUGUUAUUAGAUAUGAAUCUGAGGAUACACAAGUGAAAGUAAAGUAAGAUUGAGGAACAGUACACUGAAGAAUGUAAAAUACACAGCAACACCUUGCAGUAAGUAUGCUGAGAACUUAUUUAUAUCAUGGUAUGUUUAUGCUGUAGGGUAGAAUAAAGGUCUGUCAGAGUUUGACCUUAAAUAGUCUAAGGCUGUGUAGGUACUUCUCCAACUACUGCUGUUUGACUUUUGUUUGCUUUAAGGUCUUUGGAAGUAGGUGAAAAAAAAAAAGAGCA